GGCAGCAGAGGAGGGCCGGCUGUGGUCGGAGCCGGGCAGCCCGGGGAGCUGCGCCCUGCCCUGAGGAGCCAGCUGGAAGUGGGCAGAGUAAUUUCUGCAGAAAACCUGGCCAAGGCAAUUCUACUUACGAGCAGGACAGGAUUCACAGCCAGAGCAAAAGGCCUGCAUGCGAGGAGAGCAUCUGGCACAGGAGCUGCGAGGCUGUGAGCCACACUCCCACUCACCCACGAGGGACCUCAUCACCCCUCAGCCCUCCCCUGUCCACCGACCACCAGUGUAGGCACUGCCACAUGGACAUGGGCUCUGCUGUGGGACUGCGGUCUGCUCAAAGGACACGGACUCUGGGCUCUCCUGGCAUCUACCUGGGCAUCGCUGCCAUCGCAUGGGGCAUGGUGCUGUGGGUGGAGGUGGGUGCCUGGACGUACCACUACAGCAACCAAGGGGACUAUACGUGGGAGCAGGCCAGGAAUUACUGCCAGACCUUCUUUACUGACCUGGUGGCGAUCCAGAACAAGCAGGAGAUCGAGUACCUCAACAAGAGCCUGCCCUACCAUGCGCGCUACUACUGGAUCGGCAUCCGCAAGCUGGGCGGCAUCUGGACCUGGGUGGGCACCAGGAAGGCGCUGACCAAGGAGGCGGAGAACUGGGCACUCGGGGAGCCCAACAACCGCCGCUCCAACCAGGACUGCGUGGAGAUCUACAUCCAGCGGCCGCAGCAGUCUGGCAAGUGGAACGACGAGCCCUGCAACCGGAAGAAAAAGGCGCUGUGCUACCGCGCCUCCUGCCAGCCCUUCCCGUGCAGCCAGCGCGGCGAGUGCGUGGAGACCAUAGGGAGCUACCGCUGCGAGUGCUACCCCGGCUUCCACGGCCCUGAGUGCGCGGAGGUUGUGCAGUGUGCCAAGCUGGAGCCCAAGGGAGUGCGCAUGAACUGCAGCCACCCCUAUGGAGACUUCAGCUACAACUCCACCUGCGAGUUUGGGUGCCAGGAGGGGUUUGAGCGGCGAGGGGCGGGCAUGCUGCGGUGCCUGCCUUCCCAGGAGUGGUCAGCAAACAUCCCCACCUGCACAGCCAUCAUCUGUCCGGUGCUCAGUGCUCCAGAACAAGGAGAACUUAACUGCUCCCACCUCCAUGGAGACUUUGCCUUUGGCUCCACAUGUGCCUUCUCCUGCCAGACGGGGUUUGCACUGGUGGGGCCGGAGAGCCGUGAGUGCACAGCCACAGGGAAAUGGACAGGGGAUGCCCCACGCUGUGAAGCCGUUUUCUGCCCAGUGCUCAGAGCACCAGACCAGGGAGAGAUGCACUGCUCCCACCUCCAUGGCAACUUCACCUUUGGCUCCACGUGUGCCUUCUCCUGCCAGAAGGGGUUUGCACUGAUGGGGCCAGAGAGCCGUGAGUGCACAGCCACAGGGACCUGGACUGGGGACACACCACACUGUGAAGCCAUCGCCUGCCCAGUGCUCAGAGCACCAGACCAGGGAGACCUGAACUGCUCCCAUCUCCACGGGGACUUCACCUUUGGCUCCACAUGUGCCUUCUCCUGCCACAAGGGGUUUGUGCUGAUGGGGCCAGAGAGCCGUGAGUGCACAGUCAUGGGGACCUGGACUGAAGAUACCCCACACUGUGAAGCCAUCACUUGUCCAGUGCUCAGUGCUCCAGAACAAGGAGAGCUGAACUGCUCCCAUCUCCAUGGGGACUUCACCUUUGGCUCCACGUGUGCCUUCUCCUGCCACAAGGGGUUUGUGCUGAUGGGGCCAGAGAGCCGUGAGUGCACAGCCACGGGGACCUGGACUGAAGAUACCUCACGCUGUGAAGCUGUUGCCUGUCCAGUGCUCCAUGCUCCAGACCAAGGAGAGCUGAACUGCUCCCACCUCCAUGGGAACUUCACCUUUGGCUCCACGUGUGCCUUCUCCUGCCAGAUGGGGUUUGUGCUGAUGGGGCCAAAGAGCCGUGAGUGCACAGCCACAGGGACAUGGACAGGGGAUGCAACAAGAUGUGAAGCCAUCAGCUGCCCAGAGCUCCGUGCUCCAGAUCAAGGAGAGCUGAACUGUUCCCACCUCCAUGGGAAUUUCACCUUUGGCUCCACAUGUACCUUCUCCUGUCAGAAGGGGUUUGCUCUGAUGGGGCCACAGAGCCGCGAGUGCACAGCCGCAGGGACGUGGACUGGGGACACACCACAGUGCAAAGCCAUCACCUGUCCAGUGCUCAGUGCUCCAGAACAAGGAGAGAGAAACUGCUCCCACCUCCAUGGAGACUUCACCUUUGGCUCCAUGUGUGCCUUCUCCUGCCGGAUGGGGUUUGCACUGAUGGGGUCAGACAGUCGCGAGUGCACAGCCACAGGGAAAUGGACAGGGGAUGUCCCACGCUGUGAAGCCAUCAAAUGCUCAGCACUGACCAUCCCCAAGAUGGGCCAGGCUGCCUGCUCCCAUCUCCACGGGGACUUUGCCUUUGGCUCCACAUGUGCCUUCUCCUGCCACAAGGGGUUUGUGCUGAUGGGGCCAGAGAGCCGUGAGUGCACAGCCACGGGGACCUGGACUGGCGGCCCCACACAUUGUAAAGCCAUCAGCUGCCCAGUGCUGGCCCCCCCAAGGAGAGGCCAGCUGAGCUGCUCUCACGUGCACGGGAACUUCACCUACAACUCCACAUGCACCUUUUCCUGCGAGGAGGGGUUUGUUCAGAUGGGAGCAGAGAUGCUCCAGUGUGAGGCCACGGGAAACUGGACCAGGGAGCCCCCUGUGUGUGCAGAGGAUGGUGCCUUCUUAAAGCAAGUCCUGGCUUACAGCAGUGGCUCAGCCCUGGCAGUAGCUGGUGUUAUGCUCUCUGGGGGGCUCAUUGCCCUCCUUGCCAAGAGGCUCAGUGACAGAGAGGAGAAGAGGAAGCUCCUGAAACCCACCAGUGACCUAGGAGCCCCGGGCACCUUCACCAAUGCAGCAUAUGAUGCUAACCUAUGAGCCUGCCCGAGACUGAAACCCACCAUGUCCCCCAGGGCUGCAGGCCCAGCAGGAGCUGCUGCUGGAGCAGAGGGGCUCCAUGCCUGUGGCUGUAGCCCAGACCAGCGCUGCCCAUAGACACUGCCGCCAUGCUGCAUGUACAGCAUUCUCCUGAGAAGGGGAGGUGUCUCCAGGGAAGACAGCUGGAGACCCACCAGGGGCUGAGGGCCAUGUGCUGGGGGCAGCCUGCCACACAACCCUUGGACAUUCUCCCACUGGGAAUUUGGACAUUCCUCGGUAUCUGCUCCACUCAUGCUUCCACCAACAAGCUUGUGUCAGCGGGAUCUGAAUAAACGCUUUUGUCUAA